AUGAUCUAUCAAGCAUCAGUGACUGCUCCGGUCAACAUUGCCACACUUAAAUAUUGGGGCAAACGGGACAAACACCUAAACUUACCCACCAACUCAUCAAUUUCUGUAACUUUAUCACAAAAUGAUUUACGUACUUUAACUACGGCAUCAACAUCGCCUGAUUUUACCAGUGACAAAUUAUGGCUCAAUGGUAAGUUGGAAUCCUUGGAUACACCACGAACUCAAGCAUGUCUCGCUGAUUUACGACAAUUGCGGGCCGAAUUAGAAGCAAAAGAUGACACCUUACCUCCAAUGUCCACUUACAAACUACACAUUGUUUCCGAAAAUAAUUUCCCCACUGCUGCCGGGUUAGCUUCUUCCGCGGCUGGAUUCGCAGCAUUGAUUAGUGCCAUUGCUAAAUUAUACCAGUUGCCUACCUCACCAUCCGAAUUGAGUAAAAUUGCCCGUAAAGGGUCAGGAUCAGCGUGCCGGUCUCUUUUUGGUGGGUUUGUUGCCUGGGAAAUGGGCCAACAUCCUAAUGGAUGCGAUUCACAAGCGGUUGAAAUUGCACCCUUGCAACAUUGGCCAAGUUUGAAAGCGGCCAUAUUGGUGGUUUCUGAUGAUAAAAAGGAUACACCAAGUACAUCAGGGAUGCAAUUAACGGUGGCCACGUCGGAGUUGUUUCAAUGGAGAGUGGAUCAUGUGGUCCCUGCGAGAUUUGAAGCUAUGAAACAAGCAAUCUUGAAUAAAGAUUUUACCAAGUUUGCCCAUUUAACAAUGCAGGAUUCAAAUCAAUUUCAUGCUGUUUGUUUGGAUUCUUAUCCACCGAUUUUCUAUUUAAAUGAUACGAGUAAACGCAUUAUCAAAUUGAUUGAGAAAUUGAAUGCUGAUGAGGCAAAUAACGAUGGGGAUGUCAUUGCUGCAUAUACUUUUGAUGCAGGUCCAAAUGCUGUUGUAUAUUAUGAUGAAGCUAAUGAAGAAAAAGUGUUGCUGGCUUUGUAUAGGCAUUUUGGUCAUGUUGAUGGGUGGAAUAAGAAAUCCUAUCAACAAGAGAAGGACCAACAAUGGGUUGGUGUAUCGAGAGUUAUUUUGACUUCGAUUGGGGAAGGUCCUCAAGUGACUUCUGAAUCAUUGAUUAAUGAAAAAGGGUUACCAAAGAGUACAGAGUGA